AUGGCCAUUCCUGAUGAGAAGCAGCGUCUCGAGGAAGAUGAGUACUGGGCCAACUUUGAUGAGCCUAUGGAGAAUGGUGUUGGAUGCCGAUGCCGCUGCGAUACUGACAUUGUCGACGUCGAGGGCAAGGACGGCUCCUGUCUUCCUGAAUGGGUUGAUGUGGCUGGUGGAUGGGCCAGCCCCUGA